AUGUCUGAAGAUGUUGUAACUGAAACCAGAACUGUCCUAGCCGAGCUCACUGCAGAUUCUAAGAAUUUCACCGAUGCACAUCGCUAUGUAAUUCAGUCUUUGAUUCAGAAAGGUUCUAUUACUAAAAAGCAGUUCUACCUCACUUAUCUCAAAUAUCACGUAUCGGUUACUUUACAAAGGGAUGUCAAAUGUAUUGCGAGCUGUGAAGCUACUGAAAGUGAUAUUGAUGAUCUCAUUAAAACGUUAUUGAAAGUUUGCAAUCAGAAAUGCCAGCAGAUUGGGUUUCGAAUUAAGCUUGUUACCAAAGAGUCCAAUGAAAAACAGUUUGUUGUUAUUUGUAGUGAACGUCCUUUUUCGAAUGCUAUGCUGGUAGCAUCCGGCUGGAAAGAGGAUGAUCACUUUUGUAUCACUAGCUUCGUUAAGCAUGCACUUCAAAACGAAGGAAAAAUUGAGCGAACGUGGGCGCGGGAGUUCAGCCGUAAAUUGCCUAACCCAAUGCUUGCCAAGCAAGUUGAGACCUUGUUGAAUGCACUAGUUAAACAAAAAUGGUUCUAUUGGUCAGAAUGCAAAACUUUCCUGGAGAUGGAUGUACGUUUGGUAGCGGAACUUGAACCUCUCUUGCGAUUCCAAUACAGCAUACCUCAUUGUGUAUACUGCAACAGCGCGACGAUUGAUUCUCAAUAUUGUGCGGCGUGUCCUGGAUGCCAACAGAAGUUCCAUCAACGAUGUUUCCGAAAACUAAUAGAAGCGUCGAAAGGCUCCAUUAAUUGCCUCGAAUGUGCAAAACCUUUGACUUCUGAUCUUCUUUGCCAGGACAAACGAGUGUUUCUCCGCCAUUUCCAACCGAAUGAUGAAUAUACUGAGGAAAGCGAAUCUCAAAGUCAGACACUAACCGAGAGUGAAGGAGAACAAGAUGCAGAGAUGUCGAUGGCAACAUCCAGGCGACCUGUUAAACGAGCUGCCGAUUCAUCGCCGGAUGAAUAUGAUGAAGGGGAAGCAGCAAGUGAACUGAGUCAAAUGAACGUAGAUGAUACUACUCAGAGGAGAUCUAGUCGCAGAAGCUCAAAACAGUUUUCUAUGUCUGAUAAGCCCGAUAAGAGUAAACUACGCCGAACGGAAAGAUCGAGUGAUAAGACUGUUGUUGCCACAGAUAGUAACGGAGAAGACAGCGAUGGGGCAGAUUGA